AUGAAAGUUUUAAGUAUUAUAUUGCUGUACUUUACAAGCAUAAGUGUAGCUGAAAGAUUACCAAAUAAAGACGUUACAGUAGUAGAUAUUGUGAUAAAUGGACUUAAAGAACAGGUUUGGAGUAAUGACGAAAGACCAUGUUUGGACCAAACGCUACAAAUUUUUGAAAAUGUGAGAAAUUACACUGUGUGGGCUGUUUGGAUAUGGAAUUCCAUGCAUCAUCCAACUGGUACCUUCAUUGGUUCUGAAUAUAGUUUAGGAAACUAUGACCAAUGUUUGAAUGCACCAUCGAACACAGCUGACCCUAAAAUUGUCACUCAGUAUUGUCUAGCUGAUGUUAAACUGACAAGUAAACAAAAUGGCGAUAGAAGGAGUAAUUUGGGUUCUACUGAAGAUUAUGUUAGCACCAAAACCGAAAUAGGCAGAGAUUUCAAUAAAAUCACUUGGGGUGCCUGUCUUCCUUCCACCUGCAAAGCUGAAUCUGUCUCCAAGAUCCUAAGAGCUAUGUAUUUAGCCAAUCCUUUGACAUCAUCAGACCCUGAGAUUGUGGUCGAUAGCUGUGAAGUAGCUGGGAAGGAGGUAGAAUACAGUUUUGGAUUCUAUGCUUAUAUGAUAUUAAUAGCCACGCUGGUUUUAACAUCAUUUAUCUCUACCUAUCUUCAAAGUUCAAUCACCAAACCUGGAGCACUGAAAGGUAUCAUAGAAGCCUUCUCCCUAAAACGCAAUUGGAACUCUUUGACAAAACCUUCAAGUGAUGAGAUAGGAAUCCUGAAUUUUACCAAAGUGUUCCAAGCGUCUUUUGCUGUAGCUACUCACACGGCUUUCUUCGAAGUUACAGGACCUAUAAGCAAUGGGGUCCAUUUUGAUAAGCUCAUGUUGGAAACUGAACAUCCAAUAAAAAAUGCUCUGAAGCACAUUGAUAUUCCUGUUGACAACUUUUUCUUGAUAUCUGGACUGCUUCUGACCAAAGGUUUUAUGGAGAAAAAGAAGAAACCUCUAGUUGGCUUGGUUAACCGUUAUUUUAGGCUAACAGCAUCAUUUGUAGUAGUAAUAUUCUACGUGGCAGCAGUAUCUAUAUACACGGGAGAUGGUCCUGUCUGGCAGAAGUAUGCCAGCAGAGAGCAGCAGGCUUGUUCAGACAACUGGUGGCUUGGACUGCUGAUGCUCAAUAAUUAUAUUAAUAGUGAGUGUCUCAUAGUAAGUUGGUAUAUACCAUGUGACUAUCAACUAGCCGUUAUGGGUACCAUCUUAUAUCUGCUAUGGGAGAAGAACAAGACUAUGGGAAAAGUUGUGACCGCCAUAACAGUGGUAUUAGCAGUACUAUUGCCUGGCGUGAUUACUUAUUGGAGAAAGCUGCCUGGGUUGAUAUUGUUCCAUGAUUUAGAAAAGAUCCUAGAUUUCAGAAAAAACGAGGUAUACUUGGACACGUAUAUUCGGAGUCAUAACCGCGCUGGUCCCUAUCUUAUAGGCAUGGCUAUGGGGUAUGUCAUGUCGGUUUACAAACCUGAAAACCAUAGGAAUGUUAUAUCUAAGGACCGCUCCAUACUACUCUUCUCCUUAGCUACAAUAGUUAUAUACAAGGUCCUCACAGACCCCCUCUCCUGGGUAGGCUUGGAGUACGACCACGUAACAUCAGCUGUGUUCACAGCCUACAGUCGCAAUGUAUGGGCUUUCGCUUACUGCCUCAUUAUUGGUGUAGUCGAGUAUGGCAAUGCUGGUAAGAUUUUUUGGGAAAUAGCUCCACCGGUGUCCCAUAGGAACUUCUAG